UUCUCGAUUGAGCAAAGAAAAAAGAAAAGAAAGGAGACCUGUAUCUGGUUAAGAUUGAGUGGAAGAGGCAGAGGGUAUCGUCGUUCUGAUCUGAGCCACCCAGCCUUCAUUUCCAACCCUUUAUUUUAUUUUUUAUUUUUAUAAAGGAAGGAGGACAUUAGGAAAGGUAGCAGGCCAAGGCCAAGAGGGUUAAAGAGAAAAAGAAGAAGAGAAACUGGGUUAUUUACUUUGUGAUAGUAAUUAGUAAGUAAUAUGUAUUAGUGAAGUUAUCCAGUGAUCCCACCCAGAGAGAGAGAAAGGUCAAACCCAAUAGGUGUAGCAUUUUAUCUGUAUUGGUAUCUGUCUCUCUUUUGAGCAUAAGAGCAAGAAUGAGAGCAGUCUCAUAUUAUUCCCAAUCCCAUCUUCUUCAAAGCCUAAGACAUAUUAACGAUACUUCUUCUCUUUCUUUAUUCCCAAACUUUCGCCCUUCUUCCCUACGCAUACCACACCUCUCUUCUUUCUCUAAUACCAGGGCUGACACUCACACUAAGACUAAGAUUGAAACAGGAAAUGGGAACAACUCUCUGCCUGCCCCUGACCCCCAACAAAAAUUGCUUCAAGUCGUCUUAGUUUCUCCUCAGAUUCCUGGAAAUGCAGGUUGCAUUGCAAGAACAUGCGCUGCCUCAGCUGUUGCCCUUCACCUUGUUGGGCCAUUAGGAUUUAAAGUGGAUGAUACUAAAUUAAAACGUGCUGGACUGGAUUACUGGCCAUAUGUUGUUGUUAGAGUACAUGGCUCAUGGGCAGAGUUUCAAAACUAUUUCAAGCAACAGGAAGGGGAUAAGCGUUUGCUGGCUUUUACUAAAAGAGGAACAGCAAUUCAUUCAGACUUUUCGUAUAGAAAAGGUGAUUAUUUGAUAUUCGGCUCAGAAACUUGUGGCCUGCCUCCUGAUGUGUUGUUAGAUUGCAAAAGUGAAACCUUUGGUGGUGGAACCAUACGGAUUCCAAUGGUUGAGACUUAUGUUAGAUGUCUGAAUCUCUCUGUGAGUGUUGGUAUUGCUGUGUAUGAAGCUUCAAGACAGCUCAACUAUGAACAGCUUCAAGUGCCCUCUACAAAUUCUGGUGAUUUUGAACAAUCAUUACUUACUGAGGAUAUUUUUGCUUGAUUUGCUGCAUCCAUCCAUGCCAAUUUUUAAUCUCAAUCGCUAGAGAUUUUUUCAAGUGAGGAUGAAACAGAGUUUUUUUUUCACUAACUUCUUUUUUAAAAACAGGUUCCAAAUCUAUUUAACGCCUUUGUAGCUAUAUAUUUGUAUCUUACAUUAUGAUUAUGUUAGAAAAAGAAAAACCAUAAGCUUAAUUUGUGGUUUGCCUCCUUCAA